CUGUGUACUGUAUACAGGUUAUCAUUUUCCCAACGUUAUCCCUGGAGUCAAUUCUACCUCAACAUUGGCAACUGUCGUGUUUAUCAAGACGGGACAGCACUGAACGACGUACUUCGAGACAUGCGUCAGUUACCGAUUCAAAAUGUUAGUCUAAUGAGAGGCGGAACACAGAUCAAAUUGCGCAUAACCCUAGAAAACGGGGGCGAAGUCGUUUUCAAACCUAUGAGGUUACAUCCGGAUCAGGAAUCAGACCCCAAUCAGUUUUAUUUUACUCAUUUUGAACGGUAUAACUCUGAAAUUGCAGGAUUUCAUUUGGACAGGUUACUUGGCUUCAGAAGAGCCCUUCCUACUGUUCCUCGAGUUUUAGAUCUGAAAGAAGUCUUAUCGAAGGCGGAAAAUGACCUUUCUGAAACAUUUUUCAUCUCUCCAAUCGGUAAUCUUUGCUUUUUCGGCGUUUGUAAAUAUUAUUGCGCCACCCAGCACGCUAUAUGUGGCUCUCCAUUCAUGAAAAUUGGGUCUUUCCAGGUAUUUCUCCCGAAAGAUACCAUUUUCAACAUGAGUCAUGUUAUCUCGCCAUACCGACGGACCUAUUCGAGGAAACGCCAAAAAGCUGAAUGGCAGCUUUAUGCGAAUUACUGUGAGAAAAGUGUAAGGCAUUCUUAUCGUUUCAGAUCCGGCCGUCGAUUACUUGAUCUGGUCGACAUGUCUAUCUUUGAUUUUCUUAUAGGUAAUCAGGAUCGACAUCAUUAUGACUAUUUGCAAAAAUUCGGUGACAGUUCAGCGUUUCUUCAUAUAGAUAAUGGAAAAGGGUUUGGAUCUCCCGAUACGGAUGAUCUGGAUAUUUUGGCCCCUCUCGCACAGUGUUGCAUCAUUCGACCGUCUACUUUGAAGCGGCUGAUUGACUUUUACACAGGCCCUGUCAGUAUGUCUUCAGCUUUACGGGCUUCUUUAUCUCAGGAUUCGGUUUCACUACAUCUUGGCAUGAAACAUUAUGCGGCAAUCGAUCGUCGCCUGAAAUUAAUACUCCGGACAGUCGAUAACUGCCUCAAUGUUUCUAACGGUGAUGUUUCUAGCGUCCUUGUCCCAAUACUUUGAUG